AUGCGCCUUGCUGAAAUCAAGGAAAAACAAGGAACUCUUGAACGAGAACUCGAGCGUGACGUUGCGAAAUCCACGACUUCGAAGAAUACGUUGCAGCAACGCAUUCUGGCCGACGAUGUUGCAGGCGAAUACGACGAGGAUCUAGAGGCUACCCCGCUUGCAGCUUUAGACGUGACGUAUGAAGACGACGUAGAUGGGGCUGGUGACAUGAUAGACUUGGGGAUUCAGAUUGGCAAAAUGCGCAUAACUGAAAGAAUAGGUGGGCUUUCGCGACCGAGGAUAUCAGAAGAGAUAUCAGCGGGUAUCGCGAACUCACAACCCCCGCCGCCCUCAAUGGAAGAAGUACCCGAGUUUUUAAAACCGGGCGAACAAUACAUUGUUCCUACCAGCGGUUUCUUCUUCGGCCAAAUAGGAGAAUCGCCUAGUAUUGCCCAAUUUAUACCUUUCAGGCCCGCCGCGGACCGACUGAUCAAGCAAUAUUUUGUUUCCGCCCAUCCAAUUGCUCCUUGUGCUCAUCGGCCGACACUGGAAGCUACUUAUGCGAGUUUUUGGGAAGAAGUCAAUUUAGGAUUUGAACCCCGGCCCUCGAUGCAAGCCGUCAUCUUUGGAGCCAUGUUCAGUGGGGCAAUCAGCUUGGAUGAAAACACAAUGUUUCCCGAAUUGACCGGAUAUACCAAAGCAUAUCUAGUUGCUAGUCUUAAACUGGGCACCGAAACUGCUUUGAGCAAGGCAAACUUCCUUCGAACCACUAAGGUGGAAACGAUGCAAGCGUUUAUUAUAUACAUGCUUCCUCUGUGCAGGGGUGAAGUGUCGAGAGCUCAUUCAGUGCUUGUCGGGGCCGCAGUAAGGAUGGCUGAGUGCAUGGGUCUACAUCGCGAUGGAGACGCAUACGGCCUUACGCCGCUCGAAACCCACGUUCGCCGCUUAAUAUGGCAUCAAUUAUGUUUCCUCGAUAUUCGGACUUGCGAGGCACAAGGACCAAAACCAGUUAUUCGACGAGAUGACUAUGAUACGAAAUUGCCAAUCAAUUGCAACGAAAAUGAUCUCACACAUGCAGUCAAGCCACCGGAGUCUGCAGACGUAUGGACCACUAACACGCUUACCUUAAUACGGUUCGAAAUCAACGAGAUGAUGCGUAUCAUAUGGGUCGAUAGGAGGAGGCUCGAAACUCGGCGGACUACACUGACGGCUGUGCUCACUAAAAUAGAAAAUUUCCGCCGACGGAUGACAGAGAAAUAUGACCAUCUCCUGGAUGUUACGCAACCAAUCCAAAGGUAUGCAAAAUGUGUCAUGUAUUUGUUGACAUAUCGCCUUCACGUCAUGGUAUUACACCCCUACCAUUCUAAUGCCGCCAACCCUAUGCCUCCACGGCUGAAUCAACUCCUCAUCACAUCUGGCAUCAUGAUCGUCGAGCUAGCGAUUCAGCUUGAGACUAACCCCAACUUUCGAGAUUGGGCGUGGUAUUUAGGUGCUUACUUCCAAUAUCAGAUCGCGCUGCUGUUGGCGACCGAAGUGUAUUUUCGCCCCCAGUCUCACCACGCGGAUCGAAUAUGGUUGUGCUUGGACUACGUCUUCAACAUGGAUCGCAGGCUCCCGCCUGAAACCAAAGCUGUACAAAUUCUAUCCGAAAUACAAGGAAAGACGGCGGUAUACAUGCGAAUGCGCAAGAUGCGUGGUCCGACGACUCUUUCGCGAGCCGUCCCCGCACAAAAUGUAGUUGCGGGAAGUUCGCAAUCUAUGCAUAAUCCUCCUCAUCUUCAACAACCACCGCCGCCACCACCCAUGGUAAUGCCCCAACAUGUACCCAAGGCUGAGCCCGGCUACACCCCACCAAUGGCUGCUGGCCCCCCAGUGCCAGGGCCGCAAAUGGUAUUUGCUGGUGUUUCCGAUGGACAGGCACUGUGGAGCUUACCGCCGAGCCACUCAAGUCCAGAGAGCGAUACCUCGAGUUUAGAUUUUGGAGGACAACAGAAUAUCCACUCAGCGGGAUUGAGGGGCAUGGCCCAGGGCACCAUUAUGGACACCAUCGAUUGGCCUACUGUUACCUCACUCUUUCCCAACGACCCUCAAACAGGUGGCUUGGUCAUACAAGGAUUUCACGACCCGAAUUUCACUGUUGCAAAUUGGACUACUUGA